AUGAGUCUAAACACUGAAAGAGAUGAUUCAUUCCCUGUGAUUAAUGAUUAUGAAGAGUUCCUGAAAAAGUCAAAAACUCACUUUGAAAAUACCUUCAACAAGAAAGUAUCGACCACCAUGUCUAUUGAAGAAUUCAGUUGUAUAAGAACUCUAGGCACUGGUUCAUUUGGCCGUGUCAUGCUUGUCAGACAUAAGGGAUCUGGAAAUUAUUAUGCUAUUAAAAUUCUGGAUAAAUCAAGAAUCGUUAAACUAAGACAAAUAGAACAUACAUUAAAUGAGAAGAAGAUACUCCAGGCUCUCCGAUUCCCUUUUAUAGUUUACCUAGAAUAUUCUUUUAUGGAUAGUAAUUAUAUUUAUUUUGCGAUGCCAUUUGUAUCUGGUGGUGAAAUGUUCUCUCUUCUCCGAAAGAGUGGAAAAUUUGAAGAAACACAGUCAAAAUUCUAUGCAGCGCAGGUAGUUUUGGCUUUAGAAUACAUGCAUUAUCUUGAUAUUAUUUAUCGUGACCUAAAACCAGAAAACAUUUUAAUAGACAGAUUUGGCUACUUAAAAGUUACAGACCUUGGUUUCUGUAAAGUUAUAAGUUCUAGAACAUGGACACUUUGUGGCACACCAGAAUACAUAGCUCCUGAAAUUAUUUUAAGUAAGGGAUAUGGCAUGGCUGUUGACUGGUGGUCCUUUGGUGUUCUUGUAUAUGAAAUGAGUGCUGGCUUUCCACCUUUCUAUGCCAAAGAGCCAAUGAAGAUUUAUGAGAAAAUACUAUCGGGCAAGUAUCGAAAUGCACCUUCUUUUGGUAGUGACAUUAAAGACCUUAUAAAAAACUUGCUUCAGGUUGAUGUUACCAGAAGGUUUGGUAACCUUAAAAAUGGUGUCGAUGACAUUAAGAAUCACAGAUGGUUCAAUAGUAUUAACUGGAUGGAAAUCUUAAACAAAGAAAUUAAACCCCCAUAUGUACCAUCUUUAAAAUCUUCUGGGGAUUCAAGCAACUUUGACCAAUAUAGAGAGGAGCCUCUGAAACAGUCAGGGACAGACAAAUAUGCAAGAGAGUUUAGAGAUUUCUGAAUAAAAUCAGAAUUGUCAUUCAGCUUAGAAAGGGAGAUGGGUGGUAUUAUUUUUAUAAAGUAAUCAGUUGACAAUUUCCUCCUGUAGAUUAUGUGAAUGAGUAAUAUGAUUGUUCCCUAAUGACUGCAGUGUUAAAUUACUGACAGUCUUACAAUUUAUCAUGUAAGUUAUUGUGAUCAUGAUAAAAUAUAUUAAAUCCCUGUUUUUGUAGUUAGAAUAUGUAUUUCCAAAGAUAAGAUGCACCAUCACAUAUUCCUCUUUAUGAUUCUUAUUUUGUGUGUGUG